UCUAUAUAAACAAGUUAUUCUUGUAAAAUAGUGAUAAAAUCUACGGAGCAAAAGUCAAUGUACAGAUGGACGAUUAAUUGAUGGUCUUAAAAAUGGAAGCAUAUUUUAUACACAUUGCAAAUUAUAUAGAGGGAAUAAGAAGAAAUGACAGUAAAGUUGUAUUACCUCAAAGUUUUGCCAGUAAAAUGUUACAAGAACUGAAAUCGUGGGAAUUAUGGAGAGCUGUGUUGGCAGAGCUUAUAGCUACGUUUUUGUUUGUAUUUAUUGCGACAAUGUCAGCGGUCGAGAUGGUUCCAGUUGUCGACGAUUCGUCCAAAAUUGUUAAGAUUGCUUUCACAUUUGGACUCAUGAUAGCCGUAUGUAUCCAGAUGUUUGGCCACGUGUCAGGAGGUCAUAUGAAUCCUGCAGUUUCUAUCGCGAUGGCGGUUGCAAUGGAGAUCACACCUUCACGUGCUCUACUGUACACUAUAGCACAAUGCGCUGGUGGCAUAUUGGGAUCACUCCUAUUAAAAGG